UCAGAGGGUGAAAAAAGUCGCGUCAUAAAAUAAGACCAGCUCAUCCGGCAUUUUCAGCGCUCGGGAUUUGAAGAAGAAGUGUUGUUUUCGGUAAUGUUUGUCCAUUUUCGUGUCCUGCGAAAAAGCGAUGGGUCGGGCACAGCACUGCACGGAGGUCCAGCGAGCGAUCAUUCGGAAUCUGUACAAGGCUGGCAAAAGCCAACGCGAGAUUGCUGACUACUUAAGAAGGUCGAAAACUUUCGUUUUUAACGCGCUUCACAGCACCGGCAAACGAGAACUGACCGGCCGCCCCCGCAAAACGACGCCGAAGGACGAUUCGGCAAUCAAGUGGGCCUCGCAAAAGGACCCUUUCAAAUCGUUCAAGCAGAUCAGAGACGAGCUGAACUUAUCUGUGAGUUCCCGGACGGCUCAGCGACGGUUGACGGAGAAGGGACUGGGAGGCAAAAGUCCCCGGAAGGUGUCGAUGCUGACGCCGAAGCACUUGAAGGCUCGGCUGAAGUAUGCGAAGGACCACUUCGAUUGGGUCGGUCCGGAAAAGGAGAGACUAUGGAGAAAUGUGCUAUGGUAGGAUGAGACCAAAGUGAACCUCAGUGAAAGAGUUGGGUCCAUGCCCAACAGGAGGUAGCAUCAUGGUGUGGGGGUGCUUUUCUUGGUACGGGGUCCCUUGUACUGGAUCGACCGGAUUAUGAACCAGCAUCUCUACGCCCAGAUACUUCGGGAAGUAAUGCUGCCACACGCCGAGUGGGAGAUGCCCCUAAAGUGGCAGUUCCAGCAGGACAACGACCCCAAACAUACCGCUAAAACGGUUAAAAAGUGGUUCCAGGAUAAUAAGGUAGACGUUAUUGAGUGGCCAGAACAGUCCCCAGAUCUCAAUCCCAUAGAGAACCUAUGGGAAAUAGUUAAACGUAAGGUGUACACCGAAAAAUCAAAAAAUAAGCAGCAGCUGUGGGAGAGAAUCCAGGCGGUGUGGUACGCUAUCCUGGUGAGAACGUGCCAAAAGCUGGUGGAGUCGAUGCCGAACCGGGUGCGAGAGGUGAUGCGAAAUAAGGGUUAUACCACCAAGUACUAACCCUGUAAAUCGAUCACGGAAUGAAUUUCCUUUUUUUCUU